AUGGACGACCUCUCCGGCCUCGACUGGUCCGCGUCCAGCAACAGCAACAGCUCCAAGCCGAAUCCCCCCAAGACCACGACGACUCCCGCCUUCACCAGCUUUCCCGCGAUCCGCCCGACACCGUCCCCGUUCGCAUCCGGCCUUAGCACGCCCGUGUUAUCGACUCAGGGCGCCGGCGCGAUCGCUCCCAAGUCCAACAACAACCCGUUCUCGAAACCGGCGCAAGACAGCUUCAGCAACCUCGGCAGCCUCGUCAACUUCGGCUCAUCCUCCGCCCAGAGCACCGCGAAGCUAAGCCUGAAAGAGCAACAAGAGCGACUGGAGGCCGAACGGCGCAGGAAAGAGGAGGAACGACGACAACAGCUUCAAGCACAAUAUGGAGGGCUCGAUGCGCUGGGACAGCUGGGCAGUGGUGGGAGCAACAGCAGGACGACGUCACCUGCGUUUGGUCUUGGGGGGCCUACGUCGAUCCCGUCCCCGGCGAUCUCGAGGGUCGCGAGCCCGUUGAACCCGACGACGCUGAACCAGUUGAACAUGACAGCGAAGAAGCCGAGCGAUUCGGAUGACGAUCUGUUUGCGGCGUUCAAGGCGGAGACCAAGGUCGAUAAUGCGAGCCAUUACCCCCCGCCGACGGUGUCGAGUCCUCCACCGGUGACGGGCCUGACGGCGAGUGCGCAGCCGAGGUUGGAUCUUUCGGAUCCAUCGGCUUGGGGGGCGGCGAAACCGAGUACACCUGUGCCUGUGCCUGUGCCUGCACCUGCACCUGCUCCGGCGCCGGUUAGUACGACGAACACGGCGUUUGCGGGGCUCGAUGAUGACGAUCCGUUCGGUCUUGGGGAAUUUAGUGCGGCAAAGACGAGUGCGCCCCCGCCGGCGCAGUCCGCCCCGGCUUUCGACGACGAGGAUGAUCUACUAGGCGACCUAGCCAAACCCGUGGACCAGGUAAAGAAGCAACAGCAACAGUUACAACAGCAACAAUUACAACAGCAGCAGCAAAGACAGCCACAGCCACAAGCGGCCAGACCAUCAUUCUCCCAAACGCGAGAGCCAGGCAAGCCCAUUGAAGACGACGAGGACUCGUCUUCCUCCGAUGAUGAACCCGAGCGGCCAUCCGACGACCCCUUCGACAGGGCAGUAGCCCAACUAGUCGACUACGGAUUUACCCCCGAAAACGCCAGGAGGGGCCUAACGGAGAGCGGCGCCGGUCUAAACGUUCAGGCGGCGGUCAACUGGUUGCUUGACGACGCACAUAGGCAGGCGAAGGAGGAGGCUAGGGCUAAGAAUGGUGGCGGCGGACAACAGCACACCGGACGAAGCGAGGAACGAGGAGCAAGCCAGUCUCGCGCUGGACGUGGUGGGCAGGGAGGGCCUUCGUGGAUGAGGGAGGAACAAGAGCAGCAGGCUGAGAGGUCUAGGAGUAGGGAUAACCGGUCGCCGGCUUCUCUAGCUGAGGUGGACUUUGCCAAGACUGCGGCAGCCGUGGGCACGAGUUUGUUCAAGACGGCGAACAGUUUGUGGAAGACGGGGCAGAAGAAGGUGCAAGAGGCUGUGAAGGAGUUCCAGCAUGAGGGAGGCGAUCCGAACCAGCCCAAGUGGAUGAGGGAAGCUGCUGAGUAUGAGCAAGGGGGUAGGAGGGCGCAGGCGCCGAAUGUUACGGAUGAGGCCAUGAUGUUGGAGGGAGGUGGCCGGCCGGCACGGAGGCCGGAGUCUACGAGAGAACAACGCCCGGCGGAACCCCGGACUGCUAGUAAUGGCCCGCAACGGCAUGCUUCUCCCGUGCCCCGGUGGCAGCAACAGGCGCCGCCUCCGGCUUCGCUUGAUCCACGGUCGAGGCUCAGCAAGCAGGCUAUUGAGGAGCAGAGCUCCCAGGCUUAUGUCAGUCCUGCGCGCAGAAAGAAGGCCACUCCGCAACCGCAACCGGAAGCUCCUCCGCCAGCACAAUUCGAGGAUGAGGAUCUUCUAUUCGGCUCUUCAGGCCCGUCCAAGUCCCAAACCACCACCACCACCACACUUCCUUCCCGACCCGUCGCCAAAUCAACCGCACCACCUCCCCCAGCUCCCCGACGCUCUCCCGCUCCUAUACAACCCAAACCCGCCGCUCCUCCGCGCCAGAUCCCCCCUAUCUCCGCCAUCGCCCUCCAAUCCUCCACCAAGCACCGUCUCGAAGGCACCGCCCACUUCAAGCGGGGCGACUACGCCGCGGCACACACCUCCUACGGCGCCUCCCUCUCCGCCAUCCCGUCCAUGCACCCGCUCGCCAUCCUCCUGCUCUGCAACCGCGCCCUCACCGCGCUCAAAGUCGGCGAACCCCGCCAAGCCGUCCAGGACGCCGACGCCGCCAUGGCGCUCAUCGGUCCCUCAAAGGGGGAAGGCGAGUCCGUCGAGGUGCAGACGUCCGAACAUGGUCCACAAGAGAAGCGGGACAUGCGCGACCUCUACGGUAAAGCCCUCACCCGCAAGGCCGAAGCGCUGGAGCAGAUGGAGAAGUGGGCGGACGCGGAAAAAGUGUGGCAGAGUGCUGUCGAAGCUGGGUUGGGAGGACAGACGGCGGCGGCGGGGAGACAGAGGUGUCAGAAGGCUUUGGCUCCUAAGCCUGCUGCUGCUGUCUCUGCCCCCGCAGUUAAGAAGCCUUCUUCUGCCCCAGCUCGCCCCCGACCAACGCCCGCCUCCGCGGCGGCAAGUACGAGUCAAAAAUCCUCAGAAGCAGUCCAACGUCUCCGUCUAGCCAACCAGGCCGCGGAAAAGGAAGGAAGCGAAAAGUUUGCUCUUGCCGACAAGGUGGAUGCGAGGAUCGCCAGCUGGCGCGACGGCAAGAAGGAUAACUUGCGAGCGCUGCUGGCUAGUUUGGAUAAUGUGCUGUGGGAGGGGAGCGGGUGGAAGAAGGUCGGGUUGCAUGAGUUGGUGGUGGCGAAUAAGGUUAAAAUUGUUUACAUGAAGGCUAUUGCGAAGUGUCAUCCUGAUAAGAUUCCGACGGAUGCGUCGACCGAGGUUAGGAUGAUUGCUGGAACGGUGUUUGCUACGCUUAAUGAGGCUUGGGAUAAGUUUAAGAAGGAGAAUAAUAUGUGA